UCAACACCGACUUCGAUACGAAACGGACGCGCGCGCGCUCUUACGCUGAAUUUAACUGAUUUAACUGAAAACGUAGUGAAAAAUCUUACAAUACUUGAAGUAUAUGUAGCAACAACUACAACCAUAAAUUAAGUAUAUACAUGUAUGUACAUGGGUAUUUGAGUUUGUAACAUUCAAUUAGUGUAAUAAAAGUGCUUUUAUUGCGCAUUUAUAUUGAAGCUGUUGUAGACUCGAGCAUUUUUUUGCAAAGAAAAAAAACCUAACCAAACAGAGGAAUUUUUCAGUAGUUUGAACGUGUAUUGAAAACUGUAUUUUCUAGUUAUUAGAGGAAAUCAAAAAUCUACUUAGAGGUCUAAAUUUAAAAUUUUUCGAUAAUCUACAAUAACCACUAUUUAUAAAAUCCUUUCAACAAUCAAGCAAUCAAUCAAAAGCAUAGCAUACAAGCAACCAACAACAACUAUAAAGUGAAUUAAAUUGAAUUUGUCCUAUCAACUUCCGCUCAACAAUAAUCAGCAUUACUUGAAUAUAUCUUCACACACACAGCGAAAGGACACGCCACGAUGUUAACAAGCUGCAGACAAAGACAACAACUACAACCGAAACAUAAAAUGCAACACUUCAACACACUACUACUGGCCGCCACAAUACUCUUAGUGCAUGUGAUUGCACCGACCAACGCCUCAGUGCAUCCGGUGCUCACCUAUACAAACGCUUCCACACAGCUCGGCCAGCUGGUCACCUCCAGCACGCUGGUCUGGGAAACAUACGACCCCAAGGACCCGAAGCAAUUGCAGUAUGCGGUCGAGGGUGGCAAAUAUGUUACCGAGGACGAACACUAUCCGAUCUAUGUGUGUCGCGUGACCAUCGAGGGCAUCACCACCAGCGGUCACACGGAGAAGAUACAGCAAUCGCAUGUGUGCGUCGCAGCGCAUUACAAGCACGGCAAGUACGAACAGUUCGAUGUGCUGGUGAAUAAGGGAAAUCUGGGCAAGAUUAUUUGGAAGCAUUGGCGCAAAUUCAAUGCUGGCAUUCCCAUCGGCGCCAUACGUAUCGGUGAGGAUGACUACAUUGGACGGCAUAAGGCGCCGGCCAGUGGCGAGCAAGGCACUGAGCAUUGGGGUGCCGACUACAAUUUGGGUCGUUUGGACCCGUUGGGUUUGGGUAAAAUCAAGGUGAUUGAGAAUGGUAAUGACAAGGACUAUGAAGAGGGUGAGGUAUUGGUCGAGACUGAGCCGUUCCGUUAUGAGCUGAAGGACAUCAAAUUGAGUAACAUACGUUUGGAAAUGCGCGAGAAUAUUACCGAUUUAGCCUCCAGCGUGUUGGCCAACCGUGGCGAUAUGUACAUACUCGUGGAGUCCGUGAUGACCUACGAAUUCGACUAUAUACAGUACUGGGGUUCACAUGAGGGUGUGGCACGAGGUCUGCCCACGAAAGUCUAUGAGAAGGAUGCUAAAGUGCCCGUAGAAGUUAAAUGGGGUCUGAAAUAUGUGGAGAAACGUUCUGAAACCAAAUCGGUGCAUACAAAACUCUGGCCCGGUACCGCAUUGAAUGUAACGCUCAAGGGUAACUAUGUGACGCUUGAAGCGCCCUACACCGCCAAGCUCUACGCCUUCUAUUAUGGCAUUGAAGACAGCGUGUCACGCAAGAUCUCUGCGGAUGUGCGCAAGAACUACUUGAAGGACGUCAAACUCGAAUUCAGUCCCGUCUACUGGAUUGAGAACGGCACCUUUGUGCCCACCACGACCACCACUUCAACAACAUCCACUUCCACAACCACAAAUCCCACAACCACCAGUCACGAGCCCGUGCCUAUGCACGAACCGCCUGUGGUACAAGUGAAGAACAUCGGCGAAACGCACUCAGGUCCUGAUUCGUUGGAGAAAACGCUGCACGAUUCACCCAUGAACAAUGAAAUACCCAGUGAGGUGCCCGAGAAUUUAGCUGCCGAGCAGCAGAAACCCACAUUGGCUGGCAUAGCGGUGACAGUGGAUAACAGUGCGCCACAAUUGCAACAACAAAUGUAUGCGCUGAUCACAGCGCUGUGUGCGGUGACGCUGUGCGGUCUGCAGGCGCUGCGUGGCAUUUAGAGAGUGUCGGCUGAAGUGGCUGGAGCAUUGGCUGGCGGUGUGUAGGCAGCUGAGGGAUGUUGGAGUAUAAUGGAGCUUUAUGGGCGUGGCGUUUUAGGCUUAAGUGAUUUAAAUUAGCAUAUUGCAUAUGAGUUGCAAGCUCAAGUUUUAGUUUCGCUUACUCCACCUAUCUCACUCUCUUUCAAUCUCUCAAACACUCUUUCUCUCUCUCCUGAUAAGUUCUCAAUUAUGCUUAAUAAGCUUUUAUUGUAAUUUUAAACUCACUUUUUAUUGCUUUUCCCACCUUGUUUUUGUUGUUUUAGCUUUGUAUAUGUAUGUAUUUGGUGUGCAAAGCUAGUUACUUGAAGCAUCAAAAAAAAAAUCAAAAGUUUUGAAUGUAAUGCGAAACAAUAAGAAUAAUGCAAAGCGGAGGAAAUACAAUAAAAUAUGAAAUUUACAAAAAGAGGAAGAAGAAGAAGAAUCUAUGAUAGCAAGCAAGAUAAUAAAUGAUAAGUAAAAGGAAUAUUGAAAGCGUAUCUCACAAUAAAUUGUGAGAGCGAAAAUUUACAAAAACAAAAAAAUAAUAAUUUUUGAAAAUAUGAAAAUAAAAUAGGUAAACACAAUGCGUUGGGCAUAAAUUGAAUUAAGCAUAGAUUUUAGCGUUUAGUGUUUAGUUGUUGUUGUACCUGUUUUAACCGUCUGCAAAUUGUGUAAGCGCCAGUGCAGCAAAAUGUGCAAGUAACUGUAAAUGUGAGCAAAUAGUAGGGAAAAGGGAAAAGUGGAAAGAAAAA